GAGACAGCCUGUAGCGGUGCAGGAGGGAGGACUAUCCCGUGCCAGGACUUGUGGAGGCGGCUGCAGCAGCAGUGAUUCCACGGACCGGAGGAAGUGAUUUGGAACUGAGUGCAGGUAAAAGUAGACGGAGAAAGAAAAGCAUUUCAUCCCACAAAGAGGAGUUCAGUUUUAUUCCAGCAAGGAUAAAAGUCGAGCGGCUCCAAAGCGGGACAAAGUGACUGAGGGCGCAUUCCAGCAGAGGAAAAUGAGCCCAGUCUGCUGGGAGCCAGUGUGACGGAGGGGCAGAGAAGCAGGACUACACUCCAGUCCCAGAGAUAUCAGUGAAAAGGAGAGGAAGACUCACAUUUUUCAUUGCCAGAUUAUAAAAAGGAAGUUUCCAAAGGUGAAGAUGGAGGAGGGAUACGAACUCGACCUCACAUAUAUCACAGAGCGCAUCAUCGCCGUGUCCUUCCCGCGGGGUUGCUCCGAAGAGAUUUACGCGCACAACCUGAAGGAUGUCACACGAAUGCUCAAGUCCAAGCACGCCGAUAAUUACCUGAUUAUCAACUUAUCAGAGAAAAGACAUGACCUUACCAGAAUGAACCCUAAGACCCUGGACACAGGCUGGCCUGACCUUCAUGCUCCACCUCUAGAUAAGAUCUGCACCAUCUGUAAGGCCAUGGAGAGCUGGCUCAACGCUGACCCUCUGCACGUGGUGGUUAUACACUGCAGGGGCGGCAAGGGUCGAAUCGGCGUAGUCAUCUCAUCGUUCGUACAUUUCACCGACGUCUCAGCCAGUGCUGAUCAGGCGCUGGAUCGCUUCGCCAUGAGGAAAUACUACGAUGAUAAGGUCUCAGCUCUGAUGACACCCUCGCAGAAACGCUACGUUUGGAUCCUGAACAGUCUUCUGAGUGGAUCCAUGAAGAUCAACGCCUCGCCCCUGUUCCUGCACUGUGUCAUCCUUCACGGGAUACCAAACUUCGACGCCACAGGAGUGUGUCGGCCCUACAUUAAAGUUUACCAGGGAAUGCAAGCCGUGUACUCAUCUGGAAUCUAUCAUAUUGGUCCAGGCCACAGAGACCGCGUGUGCAUCACCCUGGAGCCGGCCCAGCUUCUCAAAGGGGACAUCAUGAUUAAAUGUUAUCACAAAAGCGAUCUGACGUCUGAGCGCGAAGUUAUUUUCCGGCUGCAGUUCCACACGGGAGCAGUGCAGGGCUACAACCUCAUGUUUGAGAAAGAGGACAUGGAGGCUGCCUGCAAAGAUCGCAGAUUUCCAGACUACGGUAAAGUGGAGCUGGUGUUCUCCGAGGGACCGGAGAGAAUACCAGGUGCUGACAGGUGGCAGAAUGGUGCAGACGUCACAGUGGACUACAACAUCACCGACGCUCUAACACGCUGGGACUCCUACCAGAACAUCUGUGAUAGUGAAGCACCUCGUUUUCAAGCCCUAGCCCAGGACAAAGCAGCUAGCAAGAGGAGCCCCGGUGCAGGAGAGUCCACGCUCGGCAGAGGGGCCCGCACCACCUCCACCACCUCCAGCCCCGACCACAGUGACCACGCGCUCUCUGUUAGCAGCGACUCCGGCCUCUCCAGCACUUCCCUGUGGACUGACAGACCGACAACUGGCACCACUGGCACUGUCAGAGCCAACCAGGGUCCCAGCGAGCAGGAAAAGGUGCAGCUGAAGCGACUUCUGAGUGGUUUUGGUCUUGAGCAGCCCUCACUGGAGGAGAUGGAGGAUCAGGGCUCUAGAGUGAGCAUCCAGCAGAUAGUUCCAGCUCAGGUGCACAUCAAUGGAGACAAUCGUCCAGGAGAGCGAGAAACGGACAUUUUGGACGACGAGGUGAUUACGGGUCAUGAUCUACACAGUGUGGACAGUCUGGGAACCUUAUCGUCGUCCUGCCACAAGAGUAGUCAGAACUCCCUGCUUUCGGACGGCUUCGGAAGUCCUGGUGGAGACGAGCAGCAGAGCCAGAGCCAGGGCCAAGGCCAAGGCCAGCACCACCUACACCACCCGGCUCCAUCCAGCAUGGAGGAAUAUGAGCGACUGUAUACAGAGACUGGAAGGGGCUGUCUGAGCUCCAGGAGCAACUCUGUGGCCACCUCCAAUCCCAGCGGCGCUGCUGUGCCCAAACAGCACGUGUACAGACAGGGAAGCUACUCAACACAGUCAUGGGUCCGGCAGCAGCAGAUGGUUGCUGCCCAACAGUUCAUCUACAUGCCAGAAGAAGGAAGCAGUGCUGAAAGGUACAUGGGGAAAACACAGGGGAACAGCUCAGCCAAGGCAGGUCUGACUGCAGAGCAGCAGAGCUGCAGCAGAGACGCGGCAACGCACAAGGAACAGACGACGAUAAACAACAACAACAACAACAAGCAGGAUGACGAGUUCAAGUCUCUAACCAUGGACAUCGACAACUCCAUAGAUCAGCUCAACCAGCUGAUCAUGGACCUGGACCCCACGUUUGUGCCAGUGCCGAGGCGCAGCAACUCCAUAAAGAGGAACGGCAGCGCACGCGUCAACAGCUCAGGGGGCAAAUGCUCAAACGGCAUCGGCAAUAGUAAUGCAGCAACCCUGACAAACACACAGCAGACAGCUGUCCAGUCCAAUGAGGGACGGGAGAGUGUCACGCGAAGUCUGAGCCGCCAAGGAAGUGAUGUCACAGAUCAGACGGGCUUCAGUCGUUCAGGUUGGCAUGGGACAGAGGAUACAAGGAGCCAUGGGAAGUAUUCCCCUCAGAACCGUAUGUUGUACAGAAGUGACAGCGCUGACUACAGAACCCACGGCCCUGACGUGGACAACAGAGCUGAUGCUGAGACUGAGAUACCUCCACCCACUCCUGCCUUCCCCAUCAGUCCACCUACACCCUAUGUGAAGACUAUGUCAGAACUCAUGCAGCUCAGACACACACCCAGCGUGCAGUCAUACGGAGGCUACAGAUCGGACCACGAAUCUCGUGAAUAUUCAGAGAUGAUCGGCCACGGCGGAGGUGAAAGUUUGCCCGAAUCUGCCGUCAACUGCCACAGGACACUAAGUGCCGCACACUCUGCCUCCAUUGGUGGAAGUGUUCAUCAGACAGACAGCUCAUCCAUGAACCAGUUCUGGCCGGAGCAUCCUGUCCUCACCCGCCACUCCUCUCUGAGCGGCUACACCUCAAACAGACAACCACUGCAGCACUCCAUGUCACUGGACUACGGCCACCACUCUCCUCCCCUGCACCACCCCCACCUGCACCCCGCUCCCAAUGCCCACAGCUCUCCUCGUAGCAGCCAGCGGAGCCGCAUGGCUCAGUUUGCUCUCAGUCACGGACAAAGUUUCGAGGAGCAGGAGGACUCCUGUCUGGUCUUCAGCACGGACGGUCCAAACUCUGGAAGCAGAGGCAUGGACAGGGAUCAUUUGACGUCCAUUGAAGGACAAAGUCAGUCCCAGAUGCCCCAAGUGCAGCCGCCACUGCUACCAGAGAAGAAGAGGGCGUCGGAUGGAGAACACUCGCUGGGGACAGCCUCCCCGGCCCUCAGUGGUUUCUCCAGUCCCCACAGUGGGAGCUCCGUCAGUAUUCCCUUCCCUAAUGUCUUACCUGACCUGUCCUCUCAGACACCUGGCACACCCUCGCCUCUCCCAGACGUACUAGUCAACAAACAGCUUACUGUCAAGUUUGUUCAGGACACGUCCAAAUUCUGGUACAAGCCAGACAUCUCCAGAGAUCAAGCAAUUUCAGUCUUAAAAGACAAAGAACCGGGAAGCUUCAUCGUCAGGGACAGCCACUCCUUCAGAGGAGCCUACGGACUGGCAAUGAAAGUGGCCACCCCCCCACCAUCUGUUCUACAGCAGAGCAAGAAAGGGGGAGACUUGUCCAAUGAGUUAGUGCGCCACUUCCUCAUCGAGUGUACACAGAAAGGAGUUCGGUUAAAGGGCUGCCCCAAUGAGCCCUACUUUGGAAGUUUGACUGCACUGGUUUGUCAACACUCCAUCACUCCCCUGGCCCUGCCCUGUAAACUCAUCAUUCCUGACAGAGAUCCUCUUGAAGAUGUCGUGGAGAAUAACUCACAAACGAUCACAAACUCUGCUGUUGAGCUGCUCAAACAGGGUGCAGCGUGUAAUGUUUGGUACCUGGGCUCAGUGGAGAUGGAGUCUCUGACCGGCAUCCAGGCGGUGCAGAAAGCCACCACCAUGACCCUGAACACAAACCCUCCACCGACCUCUACUGUGGUCCAUUUCAAAGUUUCAUCCCAGGGAAUCACCCUCACUGACAACCAGAGGAAGCUCUUCUUCAGGAGGCACUACAACGUCAACACAGUCAUAUUCUGUGCGUUAGACCCCAAAGACAGAAAGUGGAAUAAAGAUGGCUGUCCUUCAGCAAAGAUCUUUGGCUUCGUGGCCCGGAAAAGCGGCACAUCCAUGGACAAUAUUUGUCACCUAUUUGCCGAGCACGACCCUGAGCAGCCUGCGAGCGCCAUCGUCAACUUUGUCUCUAAAGUGAUGAUUGGCUCUCAGAAGACUAAGUAGAAGACUGAGGACGGCAUGGACAUGGGACCAACGUCAGAACUACACACGGACUGUAUGGAAGACCCUGGAUUUCAACUGGACGUUUUACCACAUUGUGACCUUUGACCAUCGACUGAUUAAUAUGCUGCAUUUUUAAUAGAUAAAACUUUAAACCAUUACUUUAUUUUAAUUUUAUUUCCGGUGAAAUUAACUGUAAAUUACCCAAUUAAUUAAGAAAAGGUAGAAAUCAUAAGAAAUGUGACAUUUUUUUUCUUUCUCCUACUGAUGUCUUAAAAAGUGAGAUAUAAUAUUCCCUUACAUCCUAUUUAUGUACAUUUUCUUUGUCUCAUAUUGCAUAUAUUUUUAUGGACAAAUCAAGAAACGCUGUAUCGGCAUGUAAGUGUUUUUUUUAAAAGUAUUUAACCAAAAUAAACUUCAUUUAAGCUAUUUUCGUGUGUAAAGUUUUACCCGGUGCACAGUUACGUCAGUGCUGCAUUUGAGGAGCACGAGGCGAGGGAUUAGAGAAAAAAAAGUGUGUGUAAUAUAAACUUGGGGACAGGUGACAUCAUAUACAGGACUAUGUUGUGUAUCUAUGCAAUGUAAAUCUUUUUUAGAAACUCUUAAGAAGUUGUUCAGUCAUUUUCCUCCUCAGAUGUCCGUAGCUAUGACCACAAAAGCUGAAGUGUCUGCCUGUUCAUGUGUGCAAAAAUGAGAUUAAUAUUUUUAUGUUAAUAUAUACAUAUAUAUAUAUAUUGACUGUAAAAGAGGUUGACUAAAAACACAUUGGUACUGCGUGUAAAGGAUGAAGUGUCUCAGUGUCGGAUAGACGUAAAUAUACACACAAGUCUGUUACAUUGAAACACAUGAGUGUUUUAACUGGAGGUGGAGCAGUGAGAAUUGCAUGAGUUAAAUAUUUGUCACAUUCAUCUAUUUGGUAUGUAAAAAGUACUUGCUUUGGGAGAAAUAUAUUAUUAAUUUAAAACAAAAAAAGUUGUUCCUUCUCGCUUCACCGUUGAAGCUCUGUUUAUAUUCACACAGUUUGUGUACGGGUCUCAGAUGUUGUAAUCAUUUAUGUGACCCGUUAUUUGUACCUCAUAUGUGUCUCAUAACAUACUGUGCCACUGUUUAUAACAUACCUGUAUCUUGUGAACCAUUGUAUUUGUAUAUCGUACUGCGACGUGUUCUGUAAAUAAAUGACAGCAAACAUUUAUAAUCCUAA